UGACUACUACAGCAAAGUACACGGAAAACGUGAGAAAGUGCAUUUUUCUUUUCUAGCACGCUACGUUGCUCAAUCGAACGGUAAUAAACAUAUUUCCAUGAUCUGAAACCAGGUUUUUAAGUUCAGAAUAAUGUUAUUAAAAGAUAGAAACGCUGCGUUCAAAUUAAAAAGAAUGGUUUUAGUUUGUAAAUGAUGGCAAUACUUUACGGAGCAGCCAACAUUCAAAAUGCUAAUUGACUGAUUUGUGGUCAUUUAAUGUCAAGAUUAGAGUUUGAAAGUGGCACUUCUUCACCUGACGUGGCUAACUAAAUAGAACAAUUUCACCUGUAUUUUUUUUGCUGACAUUGCUCACGUAGAAUAACUCUUUGUGAUAGUCAUUCUCAUGCUGGUACAUGCUAGCAGACGACAUUUAAAACCACAACAAACAUACAGGAAUCGUGGUCACCUUUUCAAAGAUAUUUUCCCUUGAAAACUGUUCCUCUUGUAGAUUGUCAUGUCUCAGCUGAAGUAUCUGAGGCCCAGUUUCGGUAAAGCAUUUGCUAAAAACUUUUUACAGUGGUUUCCAGGCCACAUGGGUAAAGGGAUGAAACAGAUGCAGCAGCAACUAAUGAACGUCGACUGCAUUUUAGAAGUCCAUGAUGCUCGUAUUCCUCUGAGUGGACGCAAUGAGGUUUUCCGAACUACCUUGCUAGGCGUUCGGCCACACUUGCUAGUAUUGAACAAGUGUGAUCUAAUUCCAAAAGACCAGCACAGCAUUAUAUUAAAUGCAGUAAAAAAUAAAGGAUAUGCCUCGGAUGUGCUGUUUACUGAUUGUAGAACACCAGAGGGGCCUGGUGUCAGGGAUGUUCUUCCCACAAUUACCAAUAAAAUUAUGAAUGUCCAUCGAUAUAACCGUCAGAGUGAAAAAUCCUACAAUCUUCUUGUCAUAGGUGUACCUAAUGUAGGAAAAUCAUCAUUAAUAAAUGUACUUAGAAACUAUCAUUCAAAAAGAAAAAAAGCCACGAAGGUGGGGCCUGUUGCUGGUGUUACUCGGUCUGUUUUAACAAAAAUCCAAGUUUCUUAUGAACCUCUUAUCUACCUGCUAGACUCCCCUGGUAUUUUGGAACCACAAGUACGAGAUGUUGAGGCUGCUUUUCGUCUUGCUUUGUGUGCAAGUAUGCAAGACCAUCUAGUUGGUAUAAUAAAUAUUGCAGACUAUCUUUUAUACUGGCUCAAUAAACACGGGCAUUAUAGUUAUGUUGAGAAACUUGGUCUCAAAGAACCAUCUGAUGAUAUUUUGGAAGUACUGACUCUUUAUGCUUUGAAUGAAAAACUUACCAAAAAAAUGAAAGACUUAAGUACAGGCAAGAUGGUAGUCAGGCCCAACAUUGAAUCGGCCGCUACAAAUAUGGUAAGGAUGUUUCGCCGAGGCGAAUUGGGCCUUUUCUUCCUUGACUGCGACCUACUCUUGUGAUGCAAGUUUAUUUUGUAAACCUUUAUUAGCUAUUAUGUAAUGCAACAAACUAAAAUAAACAAAUAGACUGAA